CACGCGUCCCGGCAGGCAGCGCCACACCUGCAGUUGCUGAGAAAUGGCCAAUGAGAAUCACGGAAGCCCUGCGGAGGAGGCAUCUCUGAUGAGUCACUCACCUGGUACCUCCAACCAGAACCAGCCCAGCUCACCCAAACCUAUGCGGCUGGUGCAGGAUCUCCCAGAUGAGCUGGUGCAGGCUGGCUGGGAGAAGUGCUGGAGCAAGAGGGAGAAUCGCCCCUACUAUUUCAAUCGCUUCACUAACCAGUCUCUSUGGGAAAUGCCUGUUCUGGGACAGCACGAUGUCAUUUCAGACCCUCUGGGACUGAACGCGGCUCCUAUGCCGCUGGAAGGUGGAAUGAUGGAGACCUCUGUGGAGAGCAAGCAGAGGAAAAGGAGAUUCUCUGAGGAAGUUCCACCCAGUGGCAACAGYGUGAAAAAGCCCAAGGUGGAUAUUCCAGGAAAUCCAGCUGCCCAGUCGGUCCCCAUCUCUCCCAGUAUUCCAGGAACCUCUGUUCUGAAGGCAUGGUGUGUUUCGCCCGAAGAUAAACAGCAGGCAGCUCUCCUGCGGCCGUCAGAAGUAUACUGGGACCUGGAUAUUCAGACAAACGCAGUGAUUAAGCAGAAGGCACCAUCGGAAGUGCUGUCUCCACAUCCUGAGGUGGAGCUGCUUCGAUCCCAACUUAUUCUCAAGCUGCGGCAGCAUUAUCGUGAGCUCUGUCAGCAGAGAGAAGGGAUUGACCCCCCAAGGGAGUCCUUCAAUCGCUGGAUGUUGGAGAGGAAGGUSGUUGACAAAGGGACAGACCCUCUGUUACCUAGUGACUGUGAGCCAGUAGUUUCUCCCUCCAUGUUUAGAGAAAUCAUGAACGACAUUCCUAUCAGGUUAUCCAGAAUCAAGUUCCGCGAGGAAGCCAAGAGACUGCUCUUCAAGUAUGCUGAGGCUGCCAAACGGCUUAUUGAAUCCAGGAGUGCAUCACCAGACAGCAGAAAAGUGGUGAAGUGGAAUGUAGAGGACACCUUCAGCUGGCUGCGACGGGACCACUCUGCCUCUAAGGAGGACUACAUGGACCGCCUGGAGCACUUGCGCAAACAGUGUGGGCCCCAUGUGUCUGCUGCAGCAAAGGACUCUGUUGAAGGCAUCUGCAGCAAGAUUUAUUACAUAUCCCUCGAAUACGUCAAGCGGAUCCGUGAGAAGCAUCUUGCAAUCCUCAAAGAGAACAAUAUAUCUGCUGAGGUGGAAGCUCCUGAAGUGCAGGACAGACUCGUGUAUUGCUACCCGGUGAGACUGGCCAUCCCGUCGCCGCCGCUGCCCAGCGUGGAGAUGCACAUGGAGAACAACGUGGCCUGUGUGCGCUACAAGGGCGAGAUGGUCAAAGUCAGUCGCAACUACUUCAGCAAGCUGUGGCUUCUCUAUCGGUACAGUUGCAUUGAUGACUCUGGCUUUGAAAAGUUUCUGCCCAGGGUUUGGUGCCUUCUUCGUCGAUAUCAGAUGAUGUUCGGUGUUGGUCUGUAUGAAGGAACUGGCCUGCAGGGGGCACUUCCCGUGCAUGUCUUCGAGGCCCUCCACAAGCUCUUUGGAGUGAGUUUUGAAUGCUUUGCCUCGCCCCUGAAUUGCUAUUUUAAACAGUACUGUUCGGCCUUCUUGGAUACAGACGGGUAUUUUGGAUCCAGGGGCCCGUGCCUGGAUUUCUUCCCUAUAAGUGGCUCUUUUGAGGCAAAUCCUCCAUUCUGCGAGGAGCUGAUGGAUGCCAUGGUAUCUCAUUUUGAGAAACUACUGGAGACUUCCAGUGAGCCCCUCUCCUUUAUUGUCUUCAUCCCCGAGUGGAGGGACCCUCCAACACCAGCCCUGACCCGCAUGGAACAGAGCAAGUUCAAGCGGCACCAGCUCAUCCUGCCAGCCUUUGAUCACGAGUACCGCAGUGGGUCCCAGCACAUCUGCAAAAAAGAGGAGAUGUACUACAAGGCCGUGCACAACACCGCCGUGCUCUUCCUGCAGAACAGCGCGGGCUUCUCCAAGUGGGAGCCCACCCCGGAGCGGCUGCAGGAGCUUGUCGCAGCCUACAAGCACUCAGGCCGGACCCUUAGUUCCUCGAGCUCSUCUUCCUCAUCUUCAUCCUCCUCCACAGCAGACAAAGAGCGGGAGCUGGGCCGAGAGCAAAGCAGCAGCCGGGAGACUAAUCCCAACUAAUGAGCCGAGGGGGGAG